AUGCUCACUGGCUCUUCACUUCUAUGGCUCUCUGGCUUCGCCGCCGCCGUGCCUGCGCAUGGCGGUUCGAGACACACUUACGCCGCCACGCCCAAAAGAUCGACAGAUAUAGCCUGGUCAGGUAUUACAAAAGACGUUGAAAACCCCAAAACCGUCGAAGCCCGGUGGACGGUGCCACAUUGUUCCAGGCACAAGACCGAUCCCGACAACCGUCCUGAGGGGAUUGCAGCGUGGAUUGGUAUUGAUGAAGCCCUUUUGCAAGCGGGAACCACAUGCCAGGGUUACACAGGGAAAGAAGAGUAUUUUGCCCGGAUCGAGUUCAUCCCUUACCCUCCCGACUAUCUUAAAUUGGAUGUAAAGCCUGGUGAUGACAUCUUUGCUAGAUUAACAGCCACCAGCAACUUCACCGGUACGGUCUACAUUGGAAACAGGACAACCGGCAAGAACGUCACCGCCACUGCCAAGGGCAAAAUGGGUAUAGAGCUGUGUUUCAAGACUGUUGAGUGGAUUGCUGAGGAGCCAGGUGGCACUUCAGGCGUGUGGAUGGAAAAUAUUAAAAUGACAGAGUGCAAUGCCGUCGAUGCCAAGGGCGGCAAGACCAACUUGGCUGGUGGUGAAAUCAUUGACAGAGUUACUGAGGAUGGUAAGAUGCAAUAG